GAGCGCUCAGUCCGACCCGGACGUCCGUGGGAGAUGUGUCUGUCGCUUUUUCGCCGCCGGCACGUACGCACGCAAGGACGCACCGGUGUUGUGUUCGCGCACGUUGCUCUCGUCUCCAAAUACUAUAACAAUCCUCGUUAGACAAUCGAACGUUCUCGUCGUCACGUAUUUCUCGAAAACGAAUAUAAAAAUUUGUUUCCGAUCGAUGAGAAGAAAGGAAAAACAAAGGUCAUCGUCGUCCGUAUUAUCGUUUACAUCCCUCGCGGGACGCGCCAAACGACUCGCGUGCUUCCUCGUCUCGUUUAUCUCGAAGGAUAUAAUAAUAUUUAAGAGGACUCGAAUGUUUUGAGGAAGAAUAAAGGAGAGAGAAAACUUCGUGUUCCGGAGUGUGAUAGAACAGACGAACGAGUAACAGAACGGACGAGAGUAGGUUGCUCGAGAGAAAAGGUGCAUCGAGGGACGAAGAAGGUUUAAGUGCGACGGAUAUUCAACUACGACGUCCAUCUUUGAUUUUUACAAUUUAUUAUUUUCCCGUGAAGGACGACACAGUUUCAAGAAUUAUUUCAAGAAUUGAAGAAAGGAAUAUGAGAAAAUAAGGGUUGAAGAAUAAUUACCGUGCGAGAGAGAGAGAGAGAGAGAGAGAGAGAGAGAGAGAGAGAGACAGAGAAGCAGGAACGAUUGAAAGUGUCGAAGGUUUUUUGUACGAGCGACUACGAAGGGCGACGAAGGAAAACGAAGUUCGAGCGAAGGUAUAAAGGGGUGAAAGAGAGAAAGAGAAAAAAGAUAGAGAAAGGUUGAGGAAGGAAAUAGAGAUAUAGGGAUUCGUGGUUCCGGUUAGUUUCUACUGUGUGUCACGUGACCUUAUAAAGGAUAUUUACUGUGCUUCGUGUUUUUUUACGACGAUCGUGCUUGCUUUCUUCGUCGUCCUGCUGAAAAGAAAAAAAGAGCUCUGGCUUUAUUUCUUCGUUUAAGAGACAUCAAGACUACUUCUUUAUUGAAAUCUGCGUUCUACUUGGAAAAUGUAGUGUGCCACGUUGAACGAGUACGCAAGGACGAAGAAGAGAAGACGGUCAAGUCACGUCGUACGAAUCACACCGGAGUACAGAAUCGGUGCAUACUGAAGCAGAGAGGGCUGUGAUGAGGGAAGCAGGCUAGAAGGAAGACCCUGUCGCGCAAGCGCCGGUAGGAGCACAAGAAAGAUGCCGCCAUCCUCGAGAGCCUUAUUAAGCCCGGUGCUGCUUCUAAUCUUCGCAGGAAGCAUCGGUGCCUUCAACUCGCGACAAGGAGAAUGUACGUUUCCACCGCGUUGGGAAGGCACCUGGUUUCAAAGUGGCGUGAGGCAAUCGAUUGUAAUAUCCAGGAAUGAGCUUUCCAGUAAAGGCAGGUGUCUCCACAAUGAGGGGGACAAGUUCCUUCUAGUCGACAUGAAAUCCUGCUACCGCUGCGUCGUCAUUCACGAGAAGCACUCCAAUGUUCUCCAGUACAAAGAGACUUACUGCCACACUAGAAACUCCUUGUCGUCUUUAUGCUCGUACAUCACCGGCGAUGCGCUCCUAUACUCUAUGUUUCGCGAGGAGGCACUCCCAGUACCGUGUCCCUUUCGAGGACCAAUGACCUUCUCGUAUAAUCGAGGUCAUGGUACUUGCUCGAUUCCACAAAGCAACGUCGACACGUGCACGGACGACAGUCGACUCCUUUUCAGGUAUCAGGCCUGUCCGGACGUCUCCGCCUCUGAGAGUGCCGUGGAGGAGCUCGAGUGCCUGGCCACAUGGAAGGAGGGUAGCAGCCGGUACCUCGUCGGCCGUUUACAUCACAACCACGCGUCGAGCAACGAAGAUCGAUACCGAUGCUUCGUCUACGAGAAGGCCAGUCAGACGGUGCAGGGCAAUCUAAACAGGGCUGCCAUGGGCAUGGGCGCCAUGCAUCAUGACGUCGCCCUACCGAGUGGACCGGUGCCCGAGGGCGCGGCCGACAUAUACCGGGUGGCUCAGAGUGGCGACGCUACUUGCAAUGGCCUUUCCAGUCCUAUGGAGGGUUCUAGGACAAUGACCUUGAAGAAAGUCUCAUCACCAGGCAAAUGCUCGUUCCCGAAUUGGCUGACUGGUCACAGUAGCGGAGGACUCACAUGGCACACACUAGAUCUCGCAAGAUCCUAUACCUUUCAUCCUAGAAACGCUUCCCUUCACGUAGCUCGAUCAAACGGUAGUUCCUCCAGGUUCGACGGUGGCUCUUUGGAUGGACAGCAUAUUCCUGGACAAGAGGAUCAAGAUGUGAAAAUUCUCUGCAAUAUUAUAAAACAGACGAACCCUGCUCAGGGCAUGAUAAUGAUCAUGCUGGUUGCCCAUUUCACAGUUGGAUGCCGAAGCGGUUACAUGUGUAUGGCAUUUCAUCGAAGAGACGGUCAAGUUAUAGAGGUACAAACAGGAAGUGCCAUUUCAAGACCGGAAGAAGCUUGUAGUCCACCUCAUUUUCAACACAGUAUACCCUACCUCACCUUAGUUACGAGUUCACCGGAUCCACGCCAGUGUCCUUACCUUGGUAAAUUCACGGUAACCGGAGUUAACCAUAAUCAGAGGAACACUCGUGAAAGUCGGAGAAAUCAACAUCAAGAGUCUCUGACGAGCAGGCACGAGGGUGAAAAGGUUAGACACGCUCAGGAACGGAUAGUCGAGGACCGUCGUGGUCGAAGCAAAAUCGAUUUUGAACUUGAGAAGAGACGAGCGAACAACGAGUAUCUCGUGCGUGAGCGAAUGGGUAGACGGGCCAGAUCGAAUCGUAAUAACAGAAGUCACAGAGAUCAACAGGAGUCCUCUUCUUCGUCGAGAUUAGUUUCAGAACCACAGGAGUUGGUUCAUCGGGAACAUGGUUCGCGUUUGAAGGCGAAAAAACGAGAGAAAAUUUCGGACGAGCUUGGUAACGACGAAGAUGGUGAUGAUGGAUCGAGCAGAUCGAAGAGAAAUUCGAAAAUGACGGAUUUCUUGGAAGACUUUACCGAGUUCGCUCAUAUGAAACAAUUCUGGAUGCCGAACUUCGACGACGUGGGAACAUCGGCCAUUUUAGAAGUCGACGACGACGAAUACUUUGGGGAUUACCCUGAUACUAAGAAAGCACCGAAGAAGAGAUCGUCCCAAGGCGUUCGAUCUUACAAGAGCAUGUCCUUUGCGGAUCUCACGAGGAUGCGACGAGAUCUCGAGAAUCUUGUACACGAAGAAGAAGUUACAAGCGAGACCAGAGAGAAGAGAGAAGAGGUCGAAUCAAGGUGCAACGCUGAGAUCACCACUCUUACCGUUGGCUGUUCUACCGCAGACAGAAUGGAGUUUCAAAGCGACUGCGUGGAUGAGGAUGCAGUUACCGCUUACUCCUGCCAUGGAAGGUGGAUAGAUGCGGAGGGUACUCAGUUCGUGAUCGCGACCCCACUCGCGCGCAGAACAACGUGGUCGAACGAUAACAACAGGCCGCAGCCCUACAGGAACACCCAAAGAUUGUGCUUCAUGUACAAAGAGAGCGGUGGGGUUGUUAGUUUGACUGCCAGCCCCGUGGCAUGUCAAAGAGGCAUCCCUCCACCCGCACCGAUGUUGGCCUUCAACGCGACCAGCACCGGUCAGUGUAUGGAGGAGAACAAUGGACAGAUGCAUCGAGCGACGUACCUGACGAUACUCCUGCUGACGGCGGUGGUCGUGAUAUUUAGGUGAUUCUAAUCGAAAAGACGACGACGACGACGACGACGACGAUUUUCGAGAGAAGCGUUGAACGACCUUCGUGGGAAAAUGUUUUAUCGACGAGGAUGCCGAGCGACGAGGGAAAAAAAAAAGAAGACAGAGCGAAAGAGACCGCCUCUGGCGCGAAGCAACGGCAGCGAUCGUUCGAACGUCGAGGCCAAUGGAAAAAGAUGGAGGAGGAGAGGAAGAGAAGAAAGAGGAGAGGGAGGAGGAGGAGGAGGAGGAAGAAGUACAGGGUGCUCUGCUGCUGGUGAAAGAGGAAGGAGACGUGGGACGGAGAAGAGGAAGAAAGAAUCGAUUCACUGGCUUUGACUGCCUUCGGUCGAUAGGUCCUGCCAAGUCUUCUAUCUCUCUCCCUCUUUCUCUCUCUCUCUCUCUCGUUUUCAUUCACUCUCCUUCUCUUUCCCUCUGUCUCUCUCUCUCUCUCUCUCUCUCUCUGUGCCUUUCUCUCUCUCUAUCUAUCUAUCUCUCUUUCUCUCUGUCAGGAGAAAUUCGUGCUCGUACGAUCAUCGUUUUGGGAGUAAAGGGAAAAGGAGAGGAAGAGGAGGAGAAGAUAAAGGGGAGAGAAUCAGCUCGACCGCCAGAAGGUACAAACUCCGCACACUAUCGUCGACCGUCGACCCUUUGAGGCGAGCCGGUGAUCUUCGAUCCGUGAACGAAAGGAUAAGGAUGCACCCGGAGAACGUGCGGACUCUUUUUCCUGACUAUGGUCAAACGAACGAACGAUGAGAGAGUAAGAGUAAGAAAUAGAAUGAGAGUGAGAAAGAGAGAGAAAGAAAGACAGAAAGAGAAAGGGAGAGAGAGUAUCAGCUGUAUGUACAAGCGAGAAAAUACGCGUUUUCCUUCGUCUCUCAACACUUCUCGCCAAUACGGCCAGUAGCUUUUUUUACCGACACGUUGUGUACACAUGUAGCUCGUAGUAAACGCGCGCGUGCUAGAUAAUUAAAGUCCUCGAUAAGAGAAGAAAAGGAUGAACGAACGAACGAACGGUUUACCGUGGUCGGACCAUAUCAAAGCGAGGCGAGGAUCGGUCGAUCGUUCGUUCUGUUUCUUUCUUUUUUGGACACGAAGGAUUACGCGAGGAAAGAGAAAAGGGGGAGUAAAAGAGAGAGAGGAGAGAGAGAGAGAAUGAGAGACCGAUCGUGAAACGAAAUAUAAGCGCGGUAAUCUCGUUCUAGCUAGUAAGCCAAGCGACGAGGCGGGCUCGUUAUCUUCUAAGGUAGGAACUACAUAGACAGAGAGACUAUCCUUGAUAAAAGCAGAGACGACGACGGGCAAUUUACUCUGCAAACGUUUCCCUCCUGGAAUCACGGUGCUCGCCAGACUUCUCCAUCUUUUAUAUAUAAACCCACUUUAGGCGACGUAGGCGCCUUUAAUUUAUAAUUAUAUAUGUAUAUAUAUAUAUAUAUAUAUAUAUAUAGAUGUAUAUAUAUAUGUAUGUAUAUAUAUACAUAUAUACAUAUCCAAGAAAUGUAUUUAUCCAUCCAUGGCUUGCCUAGGAGAGGAUGUCAGAAGAAAACCGCCGAAACCGAUGGAGAAUCGUGAGCGUAUAUCGGCACGAGAUCAAAUUUCAUGACCUUUCGUGUCGUGUGUAUGUUUGUAUGUAUGUGUUUAUGUGUGUAUUGACAAUGGAAACGAAUUUUAGAGUAAAUCGCCCUACGACGAUCGAUCGAACGAACGAAACGCGGCCGUCGCGGCGAUCGCUCGACGCCAAGGAUAAUUUUAAUGUUUUUGCCUGUAUAAAGAGAUUAUUAUAACGCGACGAGGGCUAUGUAAGAACAAAUGAUUCAACGCAAUACAACCUACUCGAUUAUACAUAUAGGGAAAUGAUUAUUUUAUGCGACUACUAGGAUGAGAGAAGGGAAUGAAAGAGAAAUAGAGAGAGAAAGAGAGAGAGAGAGAGCCGAACGAUAUGAGGGGACAGUAAGAAAGGAAGAGAGAAAGAGGUGAGGACGAUAAGUGAUGUGGAAUAGAGGCAAAGAAGAGGAAAGAAAAUUUGGAAAAUUUUAUACUUCGCUGCACAUUUAUAUGUCGUCGUAUAACUGUGAUCGAUUUUUUUUCUUUCCGACAAGUUCGCCUAAAACAGAUAAUGGAGAGGAGAAAAGAGAGAGAGAAAGAGAGAGAGAGAGAGAGAGAGAAAGAGAGAGAAUGAUGUAGGCAAAGAAUAGAGAAGAUUUAUUCUUGCAUCUCUAAUCCGUGUUGCGAAUCUCUUCUAAACUCUUUCUCUCAUAUCCCUCCGACUCGACCUCGAUGCGAUCGCGAACCUUUUCAUUUCUAUGGUUUCUCCUCGUAGAGAGAAAGAGAGAAAGAAAAGGGCGUAGGAAAAGAUUUUGUUUUCGCAAGGGCACCGAGGUCUCUCCCAUUUUUUUUUGUUUUUUUAAUAGCGUAAGGAAUAAGCAAUAAAAAACGCGCAAUGGCUGAACGCUCGAUAGAUGAGAAAAAAAAAGAAAAAAUAAAAAAAAGGAACAAAAAAGCGGCGAUUAAAUGGCGAAAACGAUUAAUCGUAUUUACGAGAGGUAACUAUUCGUAAAUAUAUUGAUCGGAAGAGAUGAUUAUAUCUAUUGUGUACCGAUUUUCCCUUGAAUUCGGAUUGAAUCUUUUUGCGAAACGAGAAAAGCUUCGAAGGAGACGGCGACGUAAGGAGCGGGCGAAUGCAAACGAUAUUAUUGUAACUAAUACAGAGUCUAUAUAUUA